AUGAAUUCUAUUUUUGAUUUUCAGUUAUCAAACGAGGAUACAAAUGAAUUUGUUCAAUAUGUUAAUCGAUUCGGUGGAGAAUCAAGGAUUAGCUUUUCUGGUAACAAAUGGGAGAUAAAAUCUUUACCCCAAAGCCAAGAAGGCAAACAAGUUUCAGAGAUAUUAAACAUUUUUAAUUCAAUGCAAUGUCCACAAGUUUUUGUCAAUAAUGAUAAAGUGAUCACGGUCAAUAAGCACAUGGUAGAUGGCAUGAUUAAUUUCUUACCAAACAAUAUUCAUGGCAACGGAAAAAUAGAAAACAUUAUUUUUUUGUAUAAAUUGUUUUAUAUUAGCUGGUUUUUUAAAUUCCCCACUAUUUUUUAUACAUAUCCAGGUGUAUCACUAAUGUCAAGUCCAGCCAUUAAAACAUAUAAGAUAAAAAAACUCAAUAGAUUUGUUUUCAAACGUCAAAUUAUUAGAAACAAAACUAUCUUCGAAUGGACAAAAAAGUUCACAUUGGACAAAAAUCAUAUCAAUGAUAAAAAAUUAGUUGUAUUAGAUGAUGAAGAUACAUUCAAUACUAAAAAAGGGUUAAAUACAUACAUCGUAAACAAAUUGCAUUAUUUGGCACAUAUAAUGCAAUUCAAGGUGAACCAAGAACCUGAAACAUUUUUGUCAGGAAACUUAGUAAAACCUGAUAUAUAUAUUUCUGGUAACUACAAAUGUACAAUACAAGUGAAAAGAAAAUUAAUAAAAUUCGCAAUGGAGAGCAAAAAUCAUGGAAGUUCCAGCCAAAGCCAUUACUUGACAUUCCAAAGCUUCACAGAAGCGUUGGCUAGUGGGUUAUCUAAGUCAAUAGCAAUAGAUGCUGAAAGGAUUUGCCUUUUUGAGUUCUCAAUUGUGAAAGAUAAGUUUGAAGACAAAUUUGUGCAAGUUGACUACCAAAUAUUUGACUAUUCGAAUAAAUUCAACUUAUUCUCGUUAUUGGCAUUGCUUUUGGAAGAGCAUUUUAAAAGGGAUGCCUGUAAAGUUAGUGAAGAAGACAAGGCAGAUAUGCUUUUCGCGUUGAGACAAAGAUAA